GAAGCUGCGGUGCGGCUCCCCGCGGGCUCCUGAGCCCUCCCGCGGGGCGAGCGGCGGACACAGCAUUCCCGUCCCCGCCGGCAGCACCUGGUCUUGAUGAGAGCCAAGAAGAAACCGGGAGGGGAAGCUUCGAAAGCCGUCCCAGCAGCCGUCCGCGCUGGGCCGUGUGCUCCGUGCUUGCGGGCGUGGGAGUGCUGCGAGCAGAAUGCAAGGUUGGUGUCUGCGGGCUCCUUCCUAACCGGGCUGUGCUCUGACCGCGCAGGACCCCUCCGCGCCGAGUGCCGGAGGCUGCCAUGCAUCCCCGAGGGAAAAACCUGGCGCUUUCUGCCGUUUCCAUCACGCUGCUGGCCUGCGUAUUCUACAUGAGGAAAGAGGCAAAACUGACAGCGUCCUCAUCAGACCAGAAAGUGGAUGAUGUGAACCACAAACCGAAGUCUUUGGCGCUGAAGACUGCUGAACCCAUCAAGUGUUUGCCAGACUUGACCCUAGCUAACUCUUCUCUUGCCCUUCCGGAGAUUCACCGUGUGUUCUUAACCUACAAGCAUUGCCGGAACUUCUCAGUCCUGCUGAAGCCUUCCAGGUGCAGUAAAGAGACGUUCCUCCUGCUGGCCAUCAAGUCUUCUCCCAUCAACAUAGAUCGGCGAGUGGCGAUCAGGAACACGUGGGGGAAGGAGGUCUCCAUUAGAGGCAGGCGCAUCAGGUUGGUCUUCCUUCUCGGACGCUCAGAGACCAAAAUCCAGGCGCAGCCCCUGCACCAGCUGCUGACUUACGAGAGCCAGGAGUUUGAUGACAUCUUGCAGUGGGAUUUUGUUGACAACUUCUUCAAUUUGACCCUCAAGGAGCUGCAUUUCCUGCGGUGGUUCACGGUGGACUGCCUGCACACCAGGUUUGUGCUGAAGGGCGAUGACGAUGUUUUUGUCAACACUUACAACAUCAUUGAGUUCCUCCGAGAACUGGACCCUGACCAGGAUCUCUUUGUUGGGGAUGUGAUCACCAAUGCCCGACCCAUCAGGAACACCAAGGUCAAAUACUUUAUUCCAGAGUCCAUGUACAGAGCCUCCUUCUAUCCUCUCUAUGCGGGUGGAGGGGGCUAUGUGAUGUCUAGAGAGACAGUGCGUCGUCUCCAGGGCACUGCAGAGGGCAUGGAGCUCUUCCCAAUAGAUGAUGUCUUUGUGGGAAUGUGUUUGGCAAAGAUGGCAGUGACUCCAAAGAACCAUGCUGGCUUUAAGACUUUUGGGAUCCAGAGACCUUUCAAUCCUUUUGAUCCGUGCUUGUACAAAGAGCUGAUGGUGGUGCAUAAACUGAACCCAACUGAAAUGUGGAUCAUGUGGACGCUAGUCAAGGACGACAGCCUCAGGUCUUUUUCUGUCGAUGGGUUACUGAAGCAGUUGAAUUGUUGCCAGGUGAAGGUGAGGAUGGGGCUGGAAGCUCUGUGAGACAUGGCAGAGGGGACUCAAAUCAGUUUGUCCCAGCCAGGCUGGGAGCCAGAGGAAGUCACAACUACCACAGGGACGUGAGGCACCACCUACUAUGGAGGCUGUGCAACACAGAGGCUGGUGUCUGCUGGCCAAAUUCAGUUUUGUGUAUGCAAGUUGAUGACAGCUGUUCAGUGUCUCGAAAUCACUUGAAGGAAUGGAAGAAAGGCCAGUAUGUGCUGCUGGAUCUACUGCAGCACAGCUCCAAUGUCUCAGGCCAGCAAUCCCACAGGUCCUACCAGACAACAGGAGAAAGGGAGUGGAGUGGGGAAAAAGGCCUCAAGAAUGUGUUGCCUUAAUGAUCUAAGGGACUGGGCUCUGACUUAUGCCCUCUGGAUUUUACAGUUUAUUACAGUUUUGCACUGGAAACUUUUGCACAAACACUUUCUGGUGGGGUUUGAGAGGAGCACUAUGUCUUGAAUAAUCAUGGAGGUAGUUUGCAGUGGCUGUAACCUUUUCAUGUUGUGUGGGAGGUGUUUGAGGUGUUUUUGCCAUUGUUGUAAUGUUGGGUAUAAAUAAAAUACAAUUUUGAAAAGUG